AUGAUUUUUUUCCCAGAAGGAUACGAGCCAACAAACAAGGAUAUCUUGUGCGGCCGCGGCAAAGGGAAUUUACGUCACGAAGGGAAUCAGCACUUUAUGGAGAUUAUCCGGGCCAAUCUGAAGCGUUAUACUAACGCUCCAAAGCGCAUUGAUAAGAGUCUGGUUGUUUCGCUCAUCGUUUCUUCGCUCAAAGAUGAUGGCUACAAAUUUGUCCGCCAAGACACCAAAUCUCGCAUGUGGUUUCAGCUUAGCGAGCCACAGGUGCAUGAAAAAGCUGGUCAUGCUAUCCGGGACAUUCUUAAGAAAGGAGGCAAUGCAGUACAACAACAAUCACAAUCAAAACAAGCCAUCAAUACGAACAGCAACUUCGAUUCUGCACAAACGAACGAGCCAGAUAUUGUGGCUUCUCAGAUUCUCAGCACGGCUCUGAAAGUUUCAAAAUUGGUGGAAAAGAGCAAACUUGACUUUACUGCAUUGUCAUCUGGCCAAACAAUGGCGCCAGAUUAUGUGGCUUCCAGUGAUCCACAGAGAAGGAACAGUCGUGAGUAUCGAAGGUCGUCCAUUGUUCGCCUCUUUGACGAACUGUCCCCAGAGGAACCGGCAGAUGCUCUCUCUUCUGGUGGUUUUAUGAACGACCAGCCUCUCCCAAUCGAUGCUCGCAACAGCGGUGCCUUGCGCACGUCCGAUAUGAUGCAAGUAUUCGAGUCGCUUGCGAACUCAACCUCCGAUGCGCCACACCAGCAACAGCAGAAGCAAGUUGAAGAAGAGGAAGAAAGCAUUAUUACACCUCGUUCGAAGCGGAUGGGAUCUAGUAGUCGUGAGUUUAGGAGAUCAGAACUCCUUCAAUUCCUCGAUUUUAAUGAAGAUGAACUCAUGGAACCCGAGGAACAAGCACAAGACACGCCUUCAACGGAUCAACCAUUGUCAAUGGAUACACGCACCAGCGACACAUUGAAUUCGCUAUUUAAAGACCAAGAGGACAUUUUUAGCAACUUGCAGAAUGUGUUUGGCUCGCUUCCAGACGCCGAGAAUGCUGACCAAAGCCCGCAAGAAAUGGAAGAGCGCAACAGCCGUGCUUCCCAGGUCUUAUCAGAACUGCUCAAGCGUCAAGAAGGAAUCUUUGAGGAAUUCCAGAAUUUUGAAGCAGAAUUCGAUGUCCAGUAA